UUUUGCUGGACGUCAGUGAACACAACAUUAACCAAAACUGCCAUGCGCAGUCCGACGCGUGAGCAGCAACGACAGGAAGUACACGGACACAGAUUUUAAUCCGUCAACGCUGAUCUUUGGUUUGGAUUACAGCUCCUCACUGACAAUGGACUGGCUUGGUUACGGAUAUGCAGCAGCCAUAUUUUUUGGAGGAUUUAUGGGGUAUAAGAGAAAAGGCAGUGUGAUGUCCCUGAUUGCUGGUUUAGUUUUUGGUGGAGUAUCUGCUUAUGGCGCCUAUAACGUCUCCAAUGAUCCAAAAGAUGUCCUGGUGUUGUUGGCCUCCUCUGGGUUGCUGGCAGUCAUCAUGGGGAUGAGAUACAAGAAAUCUGGGAAGUUAAUGCCGGCAGGAAUUAUGUCGGGGCUAAGUCUGCUGAUGGUGUUUCGCCUGUUGCUCCUGACCAUGGUGUGACCGACCGAGCUGCACUGACGAACCUGUCUCUACAAGCAAGACUUUAGAAAAGGAAGCUGUACUACCAAGUCUAUAUUUCUCUGAGGGUUUUUAAAAGGGACUCAUUCCUGUUCUGUUUGUGAGGCUGUGUAUGAUUGUAAAUAAUUAGCUGCUAAUGAAACCUAAUAUACAACAUUUUUUUUGUGGCAAAUGCGUGUAAACAUUGCAAGUACUUUAUGUGUUUGUUUGCAUUUUAUGGGAUCAAUUAAUAAAAUGGAAUAUUCUGAUUACA